AUGUCGUCGAAAUUACCAUCAGCAACGUAUCGUUGCUGUCACCUUGCAGCUCGGACGCAAAAACGCAGUCUUUCCUCUCAAUGCCUCCGACUCUCCUCCACAAGCUCCGCAAACCAGCAUAGACGAAGGAAUAGCUUAACAUUCUGUGGGCAUUCAAGAAGAUGGCAAUCUACGGAGGCGGCUGCUACACCUCAAAACCCUAAGAUAGCCGGGAUUGUUGAUCAAAUAUCGCAAUUAACGCUGUUGGAGACGGCCGAUUUGGUUGCGAGCUUAAAGUCCCGCCUCAACAUUCCCGACAUGGCUUUCGCUGCGCCAGCCGCUGCCCCUGCUGCUGGUGGCGCUGCAGCUCCAGCUGCUGAAGCAGAAGCGGCAGAAGAAGCCGCGCCCGCCCCCGCUGAGAAGACAAUGUUCACUCUGAAACUCGAUUCCUUUGAUGCGGCUGCCAAACCCAAGGUCAUCAAGGAAGUGAAAGGAUUGCUAGGCCUGAGUCUGGUGGAUUCCAAGAAGUUUGUGGAGAGCGCGCCAAAGGUCAUGAAGGAGGGUGUGCCGAAGGAGGAUGCGGAGAAGAUUGUCGCGGCCAUGAAGGCACUGGGAGCUGUUGUUUCAAUGUCGUAA